GCUGGUUUGAGGAUAGGAUAUGUUGUCAAAAUUGAGGUCGAAGAUAGGUUAUAGGAGUGGAAAAAAAUGUCUAGCUUUUUCAGUUUAGGAGGGGGAGGAGGUGGUGGUGGAGGAAAUAAAGAUCAACAAGACCAGGACCUCCUAGGCGGUGGAGCGGGUGGCGCCAGCGCCGGCGCCGGCGGAGGCAGCAACAACAAUAGUAGCUUGUAUCUUUUCAAGAACGAGGAGAUCUACAGCAAGGGUUUCGAGCUAUGGCAACAGUACUACCAUAUGCAUCAGCAAAGGGACCACCCCCACCCCCAUCUCGUCGACUUCUCCGUCGGCGGCGGCCAUGCCAACAACACCCACAACCCUAAUGCCGCCGCCGCUGCCGCAGCGGCAGGUGGGAGCAGCAGCAGCAGUGGCAAUUUAGUCGGGGAUGAUCACCACCAGAACGUCGUCCAAUCCGCCGGCGGAGGCUACACGUACCGAGUUAUGAGGCAGACCGGGACAAGCAGCGGCGGAAGCGGUGGCGGAGGCGGAGGCGGCGGAGUGAACUGCCAAGAUUGCGGAAAUCAAGCCAAGAAAGAUUGCGCGCACAUGAGGUGUAGAACUUGCUGUAAGAGCAGAGGGUUUCAGUGCCAGACUCACUUGAAGAGCACGUGGGUCCCGGCCGCCAAACGCCGCGAGCGGCAGCAACUCCUCCAGCACCACCAGCAGCUCAGCCUCAGGGGCGGCGGAGGUGGUGAGAGCGCCAAACGCCCAAGAGAGAGCUCCUCCUCUCUCAUAUGUACUCGCAUACCCACCAACGCUUCCACAGGGUUAGAAGUGGGGACUCAUUAUCCGGCGGAGUUAAAUUCUCCGGCAGUGUUCCGGUGUGUAAAAGUGAGUGCGAUGGACGACGACGAGGACCAGUACGCGUAUCAAACAGCGGUGAGCAUCGGUGGUCACAUUUUCAAGGGAAUUCUCUACGACCAAGGUCCCGAGAACCGGUACAAUUCCGUUGGCGGUGGCGGUGGUGGGGAGAGCUCAUCUGCCGCCGCCGCGGGUGGCGGAGCAUCUCAUCAUCAGCAACCACUCAAUCUCAUCUCCGGCGCCGUCACCACCUCCCACUCGCAAAAUCCGGUCACAUUGCUUGACCCUUCUUUGUACCCCUCCCCUCUCACCGCUAUGAUGGCCGGUACGCAAUUCUUUCCACCACCACCACCAAGACCUUAGCGUAUAUAUAUGCUAAGAAGUUGGAAAAAGUUUGGGUAAUUUUUCCUUUGGAGGUGGAGCUAAUCACGUUAAAUGUAACAUAACUAAUGACCUUUGUUUUCCUUAGUUUUGACAUCAGAUUAAGAUUCGAACUAAGAAAAGGAAAGUGAUCGAAAGAGGCAAAGGAAACCAUUUGUAUGAAUUAAUUGGGCUUGAGAGAAUUAAAAUGGUGGAUGGAAGGAUUAGAUGCUUCGGAUAUGAUCUCAAUUCUAUUGGGAAUGAAUUCAAGUACGAUUAAUUUUGCAGUGAUUUAUUAAUUAUUAAUUUAUUACGGUUCCUCGUG